AUGAUUGAAAAUAAUGGGCACCAAAGAGAUUUAGGUUACUAUGAAUAAAAUUAAUAAGCAAGUUACUCUAAUAAAAUGAAAGCUCAAGAAUAUCAAGCAGCAAAUUAAAAUGGCUACACAUAGGUGAUGCAAAGACAAUAAUUCAAUAAUUAGCAUGAUAAAAAUUUUACAUAAGACCUGAUUAUCGAAAUUGAAAAAGAGUUAGAAUACUAAUAAAAAAUGCUUAUUGAAGACGAUUUUAGUCAUAAAAAUUGGCAAAAUGUUAGUCAGUAAGGAAUUUAAUAAAAUAAAAAAGAAAAUAUAUUACAUAUCAGUUAAGGGAAUUUGAGUGGAGACCACACAAACAAUUCUACAUAGGUUUAUACUCCCUCUAUUAAAUUCUAUGAUCAGCUUGACAACUAAAUUCAAAGGUAAGAGAUUCAAAAUGAUCACUUCUAUUAAAGCUAAUUUAUGAAUGGUUUUAACUCAAAAAAUUAACAAAUAAAACAAGAUAGGACUAAUCCUAAUACAUAAUCUGCUACAAACAGCUUUGGUAAUAUAUAAAAUAGUUUUAAUGAUUCAAAUAGUAACAAGGUUUAAGUUGAAUAAAAAGAUAACAAAGAGACUGAUAAUAAGCUUUUCUCAAAUUUUUUUAUAGAUUCAGUUUAAGCUAAUAUAAACUAAGACUAUUUCUAAUAGUAAUAAAAAAAUUUAUACUUCUAGUCUGUUAAUAAUCAACAAGAGGCCAUAAAAAGUCUUUUGACAUAAAUCUAAAAAAAAGAAUCUCCUAUCAAAGCUGCAUUUAAAACAAAGUAACCAUAAUAGUUAAAUUAAAUACCUGAAGACUCUUAAGGAGAGAAGCCAUAUAAUUUAUAAUAAAUAUAUCAAAAUAAAGAUAAUAAUUAUAUAGAAGAAAAUUUGUGGAAAGCCAAUAAAGUUAACUAAUUACAAGCAAUUAAUGAGAAUCAAAAAUUAUCAAUGAAAAUACCAUUUGGCUAAAAAGAAAUAGAAGAUAAAGAUCAAGUUGAAAACUAAAGAGAGUUUAAUUAGGAAGUAGAUAAUACUAACGAUGUAAAUUAAUUUAUACAGCACACAUAAACACUACAAGAGUAAAUAAAAGAAAUACUAAGCCAAAACAACAAAAAGUAGAAGAUUGUCGAUUCUAGUGAAGAUAUCUAGACAAUAGAUGAAUAAUCAAGAGAGAGUAGUUUAGAUUUAACAAAUCGAAAUUCUAUUUCCAAUUUCAGUGAAAGACCAAACAACCAAAAGGAAAAUUUGUAGAAUUUAAAUUAUCAGCCAAUGAUAUCUGACAGAAUUUAGUCAACAAUCGAACAUAAUAAGUAAGUAAGGAGAGAUUCUAAAAGUAGUUUAAAUCAUAAUGUUUCAGUAAAUAAGAAAAAAGAAUUAAAGAAGGAACCUUAUGAAAAAAACAAUCUUUAAUUAUAAUAUGAAAGAGCACUUGAUCUAAAGUAUAAUAAAGGUAUGUAGAAGAAAUAAUAACAAUAAACUAAGUUGAUAGAAGAAUCUUACAUUCAAUAGUAAACAGAAAACGAAAGGAUGAGCCCAAAACACAUUUACUUAAAACUAAGUCCUAGGGCAAAAAAUAAUUAGAUUGGUGUCUUACAAAAUUUCAUCAAUCCUUACCCUAGUGGAAAUUCAAACAAUGCGAAUUCUUAAAAAGACGAAUUAGCUAACUUUAAAAGAUAAAUAAAUAAUUUGAUUUCAAAAGAAAACGAAAUAAAAGGAUUUUUUACAGGGUCAAAUUCAACAACUCCCUCUAAUAUACACAGCGAGUAAAAUGUUAUUGAUCAAUAAUAAAAUCCUAUUAUUAAGAUUUAAGUGCAUAAUACAGAUGGACAGCUUUUAUAGGAAUCAACCAUUCCAAAUAAUAAGAAUUAAUAGCAAGAAAACGAUUUAAACGUAAGAUAAAAGCCACAACAAGCACUAAGUGAAAGAAUAACUUCAUCUUUUAAGUAGUUUAACUAAAAUAAUAAAUAAGCAUAAGAUAACUCUCUCAAGUUAAAGUAAGACAGCAACAGAUAAAAAGAAGACUCGUUUAGAUAGAACGAAGAUAAUUAGGUUAAGCCUAAAUAAGAUGCAGGUUUAUUUGAUAGAUUGAUGAAAAAAAAUCUUUAGACUGAUAACAACAAAAAGGAAAAACAAAUGAAAAGAUCUUGUUCAGCUAAGCAGGUAGUAAUAAAUACAGAUAUUAAUGAAAACUCUCCCAGAAAUAAAAACUCGACCAAGCAAUCUUAUUCAAAUAAAAGCACUGGAAGCUAUUCUCAACAAUUUAGCUAAACAUAACCAAAAAAGCCUUGCUUAAAGUCUAAUUCUUAGACAAAGUUGUAAAUAAAUCAAUUUAACAUUUAAGUUUAAGGAAAUUAGUAAGAAUAAUAAGUUGAUAAGCCUCUACUCAUCACGGACCUUAGUGUGAGAAGCUCACCUAAAUAAAUCUAGCUUGAAAAUUAAAAAAAUAGCUCUAAUUUUAUGUAGAGUAGUUAAGCUAAUUAGUAAAUUCAUUAAAAUCAAAUGCAAUUUGCAAAAUAGACUAACAGAUUAAUGAACUCCAAUUUGCUUGGAACUCCAACCUCUGCAAAUCUUUCUAUUUACUAAAAUAUAUAAAGCACAAAUUCUAUUCUCACUCUUCGUUAAUAAAUUGAAAAUAAAAUUCUUCGUAAUAAUAAAGAUAAUUCUUCAACACCGAAUUUAAAUUCUUUGAUUAACCAUAAUUAAAAUAAUGAUGGUAAUCAAGAUAACAAUAAUUCAAGUAAUUGUAAUUACAACUCUAAAAAGGUAAUUGCCCUUCAUAAUUAAAUGAUUCACUCUGAUAAGCCAAAUAGAUAGGAAAUUCUUGAAGAAACAAAUUAAGUAAUUACAAAAACUAAUGAUAACACUAUACAAAGAGGAAGAUAUCCUUUACCUCUGCCACCAUAGAAAAAUGCAUCAUAGAAUUAGCAAUAGCCUUCUUCAAAUCAUCAACCUGAAAAGAGAGCAAGCAGUCUACCUAAAAAAGUUAGCUAUGAAAGCUUAGUUUAGAGUGCACUGAUGAGAUAGUAAGUUUUUAAGAACUCCAAUGAAUUGAAUAACAGCUAAAAUGAUAAAAAUUAAGACAAUAGUCUAAAUAAAAGUAGCAAAGCUAAUAAUUCUUAAAGAGAUAAAUCUCCAAGCUACCAAUAGUAAUUAUCUUCUUCAAGGAAUCAACUUACAAAUUAGUCAGAUACUGCUUUAGUUCCAAAAUCAAUAGACAGAAAAAAGAGAACUGAUUCUUUAUAAGUAAGAAAUUCUUCUUCUAAAGUUGAUCAGCAUAGUAAUAAUAAUAAUAAAACGAAAUAAUAAACUCUACUGAGACAAUCAUCUGAAAGAGCUAUCAAAGUUAAUAACAAUCAAAAUAGCAUUAGUAGUCAAUAAACAAACAAUAGUAGUUCUCUAUCUUAUUCAUUAUUUUAUAAGCCUAGCUCAAACACACCAGGCUUAAUGACACACCAUCUUUAUAAUAAUACAGCCUCUGAAAGCCAAUUUAAUUAAUCAAAAACUAUAAAUAACCCGCUAAAAGCUUUUUCUUAUCAACAUUUAGACUAAAUCCAAUAAUAAGAAUAAAAAUCUUUGCUUGAAAUGGAUAUAAUUGAAAGAAAUAAUGCAUGGCUCACACAAAGAAAAUAGAAAAACGAAUAGAGGAAAAAAGAAUAAGAAUAAAAGGAGGUAGAAGGCUGCACAUUUAAACCUAAGCUUAGAAGCAAAAGUCCUCUAAGUUAUGCUUAAGACAGAGAAGAAACUCGUUCUAUGUACUCUUAUUCGAACACAGGAUAAAGUGAAUAAAAUAUAUAACUUCUUAAGCAAUAACAAAAUGAUCUUUACUCCAGCUAUUUUAACAAAACUCCUGUAAUGAGAGUUGGGGGAGGAGGUACAAAAAUUUUAACAGAAGGCUACUCUCAAUAGCAUCAACUUAAUAUUUUAAGAAAAUCAAGCUUAAAUUCUAUUGGAUAAUAAAAAAUAAAAUAAUUUUUUCCAUAAAACUUGUUUAUAAAUCAAAACAAUUGA